AUGGACGGAGAUCAAAAUCAGCGGAAAAUAUCAGUUUUCAAACCAUACGAGAAGACGAGUUCCACGCAGGAAUACCCAGAAUCGUACUUUGAGCCUACGUCGAGCGAGCUUGCAAAAGCACACACAGCGACAUCGAAGCGAUUAGAGAGUGAAUAUGAGGGCCCAUUAAAGACGCGAGUGAUGAGGGAGAGAGAGGAGAAGCAGCGCAAGGCUAGAUGGCCGACAACGAAUAUACGCGUGAAGUUUGCAGAUAGAAGUAUCAUACAGUCAGCAUUCAGCAGUACUGAGGUUAUAGCGCGGGUUUAUGACUUUGUGAAAGAUACGCUGGACGAUAAGUACACAAACGAGGAAUUUGUUCUGUACCAAAGUCCACCGAGGAUUGAAUUCAAACCAAACGAAAGCAAACGCCUUAUUGACUUGGGGCUAGCCCCGUCAUCGGUGCUCAUGAUAAAGUUCAAGACAGACAGCCUCAAUGCUUCGACAUCGAAAGCUCCUCUGAAAGGUAGUCUCACUGCGAGUGCUCACUCGCUGCCUACGCCUCCGAGCUUCGAGUCGGAACAGAGGACGGAGAAGAACACAGUAGAGAAGCCAGUUCCGAGUGGAGAGAAGAAGGAGAAAAAGAUACCAAAGUGGCUGCUGAAAGGACUAAAAAAGUAG